AUGCUUGCUCGCAGCAAUUUCGUAUUGAGAAAUAUUUCCAAUCAAAAGAAGACCUUGUUGUUGGUCUGUGCUUCAAAGAUGAUGACUCAUCCUCGAUAUGCCUCAUCAAGACAAUCUGAAGAAGCAAAGAUGUUUACAUUCGGAAAUGAAUCAAUGGUUCAAAAAGCACAUUUCAGCACCAAUCUUGUGAGAAUGAGUCCGAACGAACAUCAACACACACUUGAUGAAUCAGCUCUCAGCCAACACAUCUUCCAAUUUAUUCAAGGACAUUCCGAAAAUCUUCCUUUGCAAAAUUUCAAUGAAUUGGACAAAUUAUUACAGACUUUAAUUUUCCAGGCUCAUCUUGUCUAUAGAGCAAAGACUUUGGACGAAUGGAGGCCGCUUUACAAUGAAAUUCUCAACAUUUUGAUUAAUAAUUCUCAAAUUUUUGCGGAAUUAGACCAAAAUCAAAUUAAAGAGUAUGAGGCUGAUAUCAAGUCAUUUGGAGACGCUAUUAUUGGUACUUUUGAAAAGUAUGGACAAGCUGACGGUUCGACAAGUGAAAAUAAGGAGGUAGCUAAUUUCUUGAGACUUUUGGCUGAAGAUAUUGUUAUUUCUGCUCUUCCAACAGUGAAAACUCAGAAUCUAUACAAGUCUUUCCUUCAAAACGUAAUUUCAGAGAUGGAAAAUUUCUCUAAAACAGCCUCCUCUCAACAAUUUAAGGUUAUUCUUCUUGCUAGACAGGCCCUCUGUUAUCACAAAAUUGGCGAGCUAGAAAAUGCUUUGAAGACUGCAGAUCGAGUUGUCGACUUGAUGCCAACAUUUGCUCCAGGAUUUCUUGUUCGUGCAUCAACACAGCUAUUCCUUGAUCAACCUCAAGAGGCCAUUAAUGACUGCAAUCGUGCUCUUGAGCUUGAGGCAGGGAACUUAGAGGCCUAUUUAUGCAGAGCGGUAUCAUAUUUGAAAAUAGGAGACAAUGACAAAGCGCUAUCUGAUUUGAACACGUUAUUGAGCAUGUAUCCUUCAAGGUUCGAUGCUUUGACAAAAAGAUCAGGAAUUUACUUUGGCAAGAAGCAAUACGAUCAUGCAGUUAUUGAUCUUGAGAGAGCCUUAUUUUACAAUCAAAGUGAUGUACAGGUUUUCCAAGAUGUUGUUUUCAGUUUUGAUUGCCAAAACGACAAGUAUGCAGAGCAAAUGAUUAUUGGGUUGUUCAAUAAGCAUAGAGGACAAGCAGUCGAUGCAGUCAAGGCUUUUGAUGAAGCAAUCAAAAUUGAUCCAAAUGAACCAGUUGCAUACCAUCAACGAGGUUUACUUCUUUAUAAUUAUAUGGGUCAGCCCAACGAUGCUGCCAAGGAUUUUGAGGAAGCUCUUGCUAGAAGAGAUCGGUUCACCUCUGAUGACUACUUGGGAAUUGUUCUUCAAGAUUAUGGUAUGGUAGUGUUGAACUCAUUUGUCUCUGAAUAUAAAGACAAACCUCCAAGCGAUGUUCCAACAUUUGAGACAGCACCACAACUAGAGAGGGCCUACAAAGCGUUCGAGGAGGCUACCGUUAAAUUACCUCCACAAGCUCAAUUGAAAGCAUUAAGCAGUAUUGGAAGUAUUCAUGUAAUUAUGAACGAAAAUGAAAAAGGAAUUGAAACGUUCACAAAGGCCAUUGAGUUGUCAAAGCCAAGAGAAGGUGCUCAACUCACACAAGAAUUGAGAAGUGAAAUUGCUGCAGCUUAUUUCAACAGGGCUCAUGUCUAUCACAUGAAAAUGCUCAACCACGAAGCAGCUCUCAAAGACUACUCCAUUGCUAUCAAGCUCAAUCCUGGUAAUCCACUCUUUUAUCACUAUCGUUCUUUGUUACAUAUUGCAAUGGGAAAGGAUGAGUUAGCAAAAAAGGAUGACGAUUUGGCCAAGAAGAUUACUGAAAGACAACAACAAAAGAUGAAGGAAAUGCAACAAAUGCAAGAACAAAUGGCCAAUAAUCAGCCACCUCAACAAUAA